CAUCAUGGAUUUUUUCCUUCAUGGAGGAUAGUCUGUGUGGUCUGUGCUCAUUGGAUGACCACUGGAUUAGCAACAGGUUAGCGUUGCGUACUAGCGAUUUUGGCGAUUGACAGGACCAUUGAUCUUAAUUUACUUGAGUUAUUUUGAAGGGGCGAUGGUACGGAGCUUUCUAAUAGUCUUUAUGGAAUGUCAUAUGGAAAAGGGGAGAUAAAAUCUACGUACGCGAUACUUCCUCAGUAUGUCGAAGACUAAAAACGUUUACAUUCACGAGUUACCCCCAGUUGUGCUCUACGACUUCACAAGGCUAAUGGAUACCCUUUCACAGUCAGAUUGGAUUGGAUUUGCCUCGCACGUGGUACUGGAUCAAACUGAACUUCGAUUGAUCGAGCGUUAUGAGGACAGGACAAACCGGUUAAUGAACAUUUGGAGCUGUCGAAAUGGCACUGUGUCAGAUCUACUCACUAUUCUCACGGACCUGAAGAUGUACAGAGCUCGAGAUAUCAUCUUUAACUGGAUGCAGACCCAGUCACCCCCUUCAGAGCAGCCUCCCUGCCCCCCUCGUUCACCACCACGUUCGUCUUUUUCACCACCAUCUUCUUUGUUCUAUCCAGUCAAAGAGCCCAAGCAUACCAAGCCAGUUUCAGAAUCCAAACAUCUACCCUUACCUGGUCCUCCACCUGCUGAGUUGGUGUCUCAUGAAGGGAGAAAGCCUACUGCUUUACCAGAGGCCUCUUCCGCACAACCAGCUAGCCUGAAAUCGGUGGAUCUAUACAAUUCUCUCUCCUCUUGUGCCAUGUGCUGGUCAUUUGAGGAGAUUCAGAGAGGGACGGAGAACUUCUCUUUGGCACGCCAGAUUGGAGAGGGGGGGUUUGGAAUGGUGUACAGAGCCACUAUGCGAAAUACUGAUUAUGCUGUGAAGAAACUGAAAGAGGAUUCUCAACUUGACUGGACAUUAGUGAAACAAAGCUUUAAGACAGAAGUGGAGAAACUAUCAUUAUAUAGACACCCCAACAUCCUGGAUUUUGCAGGCUAUAGCAUUGGAGAGGGAACCCAUUGCCUCUUGUAUGCCUUUAUGCCAAAUGGGUCAUUGGAGGACAGACUCCACUGUCAGGACAUUCCUGUCCUCUCCUGGUCUCAGCGCCUGGGAGCGCUGAUGGGAGCUGCAAAGGCCCUGCAAUUUCUUCACUCCUGGUCACCACAGGUCAUCCACGGAGACGUCAAGAGUUCAAACAUCCUUCUUGGAGAACAUUUUGAGCCUAAGCUGGGAGACUUUGGAUUGGCUCGAUUAUGUCAAACCCCUGGCAGGGCCACAGGCAAGACGACCACUGUUGCUCAGACAAAGACAGUGCGGGGUACACUGGCAUACUUGCCUGAUGAAUACUUGAAGGACGGUCUGCUGGGAGUGGAGAUUGAUGUAUAUAGCUUUGGAGUGGUUUUGCUGGAAGUGCUGACUGGUAGAAGAGCUUUGGAAGUUACUGACCGGUCUAAGGCUAUAUACCUGAAAGACUUGGUAGCAGAGCUUGAGGACGAGGGACAAAGCACCCGCACUGGAAAAAACAGUCAGACUGAGAAUAUUUCGACAGCAGCACAACACAUCUGCAGGAAUCAUCUGGACUCUAAAGUUGUGACUGGAGGUAAACCUGUCCCCAGUGGAGCUCUGGAGAUUGCUCAGCUAGCUUGUCAGUGUCUGCAUCGCAGGAGGAAGAAAAGGCCCCUGAUGGCUGAGGUAUUCAAAACACUCCAAAACAACUACAAGAAUCAGAUGUACACUUGCAGAUCGAUUAACAUCUCGUCAGAGCUCCCUCAACCACCUCCUCCUCAGACGCCGGCCUGGACAGACACCUCUGUGGAGGCUCUGAGAUCUGAAUUUACAAAGCUAGGACCUCAAGAAGACACAUACUGCUGCACUCAACAUGUCCACGUGCCUUCUCUCAGUUCCAUGGCAUAUUCAUCUGAAUUUCAAAAAGAUGAUGGGAGCAAAGAGACAUUGGGCAUGUACUUUUCACACCGCUUUCCCUGUGAAUCAGAUGAGAGUCAGGGGUUCUCACAAUACUUUAGUUCUUCCGACUCUUCUACGCUUCCCAAAAGUAACAUCCCCGGGACAAUUCGGAGCCUAGGAGAUGGGGAUUACAGUUCAUCUGGCUCACAGGCAGGUCUAUCACAGACCAGCUCAGCAGCAGGUUCAUCUAGUGAAGGGAUUGUGGUUAAUGCCGCGAAACAGCAAUUGGUACACAAAAUGGCACUUUAUGAAAAGGGAUUGCUCGCUUCAUCUGGGUUGUUCUCCUCUGGGAGUGGCUCUUAUGGUGAAGAAAGUACCCAAAGCCAGGAGCCAGUGGAGAGUGAGGAGUUUGAAUACUAGCAAACAUAUAACACCUAUCCAUGCAACAAUAUAUUCUACAGUUAAAGCUGCAGUUGGCAAGAUUUUUGUUGAUCAUAUUCACUGAAACUGACACUAUGCUCAGACAGAACAACAUAAAUCAGCCUGUUUUAGGAAAAAACCCACACUUCUACCUCCACCUAGA